GCGGAAGAUGUUGCAGAGGAAAAAAGCAGCGAAGAAAAAUACGCGGAUUUCUUUGAUGAUGAAGUAGCCGACGAAGAUGAGGAAGACGAAAAUAAGGCAGACGAAAUGAUGGAGGAUUAUUAUGAGCCUAAAGAUGAAGAAGAUUAUGCGGAAGAUGAUGUCGAGGAUGAACAGCCCGAAGAAGACGAAGAAGUAGAUGAGCCUGAAGAGGAAGAUGAAGAUGAGCCUGAAGAAAGUGAUGAUGAAGCUGAAUAUUGGGAAGAUGAGGCUGAAGAGGCAGCCGAAGACAGGAAAGAAGAACAAGAAGAUCUUGAGGAUGAGGCAAAGGAAGAUGAAGAAAUGGAAGAUGAGGCUGACGAUGAAGCAGCGGAGACUGAAGACGAAGCCGAUGAUGCCGCAAUGGAAGCCGAAGACAUGAAAGAAGAACAAGAAGAUCUUGAGGAUGAGGCAAAGGAAGAUGAAGAAAUGGAAGAUGAGGCUGACGAUGAAGCAGCGGAGACUGAAGACGAAGCCGAUGAUGCCGCAAUGGAAGCCGAAGACAUGAAAGAAGAACAAGAAGAUCUUGAGGAUGAGGCAAAGGAAGAUGAAGAAAAGGAAGAUGAGGCUGACGAUGAAGCAGCGGAGUCUGAAGACGAAUCCGAUUAUGCCGCAAUGCAAGCCAAAGAAAUGAAAAAAAUAAAGGAAGAUCUUCAGGCUGAGGAAAAGGAAGGGGAAGUUGAAGAAAGCCAACAGACAAACAAUGAUGCUGAGAUUGAUGAGGACGAAGCCGAUGAUGCCGCAAUGGAAGCCGAAGACAUGAAAGAAAAACAAGAAGAUCUUGAGGAUGAGGCAAAGGAAGAGGAAGAUGAAGUCGAGGAAAAGGAGGAUGAAGAAAGCCAGAAGACAAACAAUGAUGCUGAGAUUGAUGAGGACGAAGCCGAUAAAGCCGCAAUGGAAGCCGAAGACAUGAAAGAAAAACAAGAAGAUCUUGAGGAUGAGGCAAAGGAAGAGGAAGAUGAAGUCGAGGAAAAGGAGGAUGAAGAAAGCCAGAAGACAAACAAUGAUGCUGAGAUUGAUGAGGACGAAGCCGAU